UGCCCGCCCUGCGCGAUGACGUCAGUGCGCGUGCGCGCUGCGGGAGGAGUGGACCUUUGGGCGAGGAGGCGCAGAGGCUCCGCAGGCCCCGCUCGGCCCAGCGAUGGAGUUUCCGGAUCUCGGGGCGCACUGUUCCGAGCCGAGCUGUCAGCGCUUGGAUUUUCUGCCGCUCAAGUGCGACGCCUGCUCAGGCAUCUUCUGUGCAGACCAUGUGGCCUAUGCUCAGCAUCACUGUGGAUCUGCUUAUCAAAAGGAUAUCCAAGUACCUGUCUGCCCACUCUGUAAUGUGCCUGUGCCUGUGGCCAGAGGGGAGCCCCCUGACCGUGCUGUGGGGGAGCACAUUGACCGAGACUGUCGCUCGGAUCCAGCACAGCAAAAACGAAAGAUCUUCACCAAUAAGUGUGAACGCGCUGGCUGCCGGCAGCGGGAAAUGAUGAAACUGACCUGUGAACGCUGUGACCGAAACUUCUGCAUCAAGCAUCGUCACCCACUGGACCAUGAUUGCGCUGGGAAGGGGCACCCAACCAGCCUGGCAGGACUUGCUGCUAUCUCUAGAAACCAAGGUCUGGCUUCUACAAGCACCGUCCCCAGCCCAAGUCAGACCUUGCCUUCAUCUCCCUCUCCCAGCAGAGCCGCAGCCCAGUCUCCAUCAUGGACCGCCCCUCCAGUGAUUGCUUUGCAGAAUGGCUUGAGUGAGGAUGAGGCUCUGCAGCGAGCCCUGGAAUUGUCCCUGGCAGAGACCAAAACCCAGGUCCCAAGUAUGACUCCGGCCCAUGCUGAGCUUGGAAGUGAGGACUGCCCACUCAUUUCCAUGACAUCACACCUGUCUUCUCCUCCCCCUCUCCUUGCUCCAGGCCCAAAGCCGAAGCCUGAAGCCGUCCAACUGCAGCCUGUGUUAGGGCCUUGGGCUUGGGGGGGGGGGAGACUUAGCUGAGGAGGACUGUGGCCCUCACAUCUCUAAGGUCCAAAGGGAGAGGAGGCCAAGAGCAGCCUGCAGUGAAGAUGAGGAGUGACUGUUUCCAGGGAGCAUCAAGAGAAACAGCUGUAGGACUCAGCCUAUAGAAGGCCCUGCUGGCCCUCCAGCUGCGUGGGAGAGAGCAGCUGUGACUGUUCCCUGAUUGGGCCCUUGGAGGAUGCUGGCCAGGCCCCAUUCAACUCCUUGCAUCAUGUCAUCCCCCUCACACUGGGGCUGCCUGCACGUGUAGGGACAGGGAGGGUCCUGGGGAGAAUAAAGCAUAGUGGUAGUUAAUA